AUGGACGCCACCCCGUUCUUGGAUCGCUAUCGCGAGUUGAGUUCCCUUGACGAAAAGAAGAACCAGCUCAUUGAAGAACUACUCCAACGAGUUGCUUCUCUCGAAGAAGACUUUAAGCAGGAGAAAUUGGACCAUGCGCGCGAGACCCGAUUCAACCGAGAUAUCCAGCUCCACGAGAUGGAGCUGAUGCAGCAGAUUUCUCAAAUAAAAACCAUCAUGGCGCGCGAACCGUUUGUGGUUGUGCUUCUGGAUGGUGAGGGGUCAUUCUUCAAGGAUGAUCUGCUGCAGCUCGGUGAAGAAGGUGGUCGCAGUGCAGCCCGACAGCUGUACAGUGGGCUGAAUUCGUACUUGCUGAAGCAACUGCCGAGUAUCAACUCUCCGAAAAUAAUGAUCAAAAUUUACCUCAAUAUGAAGUCCUUCGGGGACCUUUGCGUCCGUGCUGGCGUCAUCUCAGAUCCGACGAUAUUACAAGACUUCAUUCGGGGGUUCAAUGAGACAACCUCGUUUUCGGAAAUUGUGGAUAUUGGGUCUGGCAAGAAUAAGGCCAGUGAUAAGAUUCAGGAGACGUUUCAAGUCUUUCUUUACAACUGCCAUUGUCACCAAAUCUUCCUGGGUUGCGCUUCAAAUAGUGAAUACGCUCGAUUCCUCGAUGAAACAACCAAAGAGGGCGAUCUCACCGGUCGAAUCUCAUUAGUGGAAGGCAUCCCCUUUGAUAAGGAACUGGACUCGGCCAAGGCUUCAUAUCGAAUUGCCAGAUUUCCAGACGUUCUGCGGUCCUCCAAGUUGGCGCCUGCAUAUAUGGCUCCCUGGAAGACGAGCUUACCAUCUCGAUCAAUGCUCACCCCGUCACCGUCUCAACAGCCGCAGAAUGUCCCUUCCUUGUCGCGUACGUCUACCAAUACGAGCACUUCGGGUAUCUGCGCACCUCUCCCUGCCCCGACGGCCAGCAAGAUAUCUGGAUCUCCUGCGAGUGAUUUUCAGACCGUGCGCUCGAGACCAAACGGGACGACUGCUCCCAAGACUGUUGAGCGGAACAAGUAUGGACAGCGCGUGGAUCGCUUGGACUUCAAGAGCAUUCCUCGUGAUGACUUGAACAAAUUGAAGAAGUUGAAGUUGUGCAACUAUUAUUUCCUCCUCGGAGAAUGCCCCAAUGAGGAGAAUUGUUACCAUGAUCAUGAUCGGAAGUUGUCUCGAACGGACCUCCAUAUCCUAUCUGCCAUUGCCCGCAUGACGCCCUGCCGUUUUGGGCUUGAAUGCGAUGAUCCGGAUUGUAUUUACGGCCAUCGCUGUCCCCAGAGCGAACCGGGCAAGAAGACUUGUUUCAGGGGUGAUACCUGUCGAUUUGAGCCUGUUGCACAUGGGAUUGAUACCAACAUUGUCAAAGUGACCAAGAUCUAG